UGUACCUUGCCAACAGAACCUCCGUUAUGGAUGCAUAUAAUGAUAAAUCUAACUUGAGUUUUCCGUUUAACAUAUUUCGGGUUCUUUUGAGUUGAAUAGUAAUCUAAUUGACGCAUUCGAGCUGUAUUCAGAUUACACAAUAACUGAAACAACACUUUCAAACGUCGCAGCUUACAUACUCAGUUCUCAGACUUCGCAACAGCCCAUCCCACUUCUGUUCUCUUCCUCUUCGUUUCUCAUAUCAAUCAAUCAUUCAUUCAUUCAUUCAACCCGCAUCCCACGUUACUUAGACCCAAUUGCCUUCGUCUAGAGCCCGACGACCCGCCCGACGACCCGAAAGAGACCAACCAGUGUCUGCUCUAAGCUCUAACACCACCAUAAAAAACACAAGGACAAUUGCGCCAUCCCACGUUACUUAGUACCUAGCUACCUUAUUAGCCUACAUUUCAUUGCGUUGCCUUGUAUGCCCACUGCUACUCCAAAGUUCUUCUUCUCUAGAUCCUUUAUUCUUUUCUUAUUGACUCUCAUCCUGGCUAUCCUUGUUUCGCCAGCCUUCAUUCCCCGUCUCCGCCAACUCUCUUCCCACCUUAUCCUUCUCCAACGACCGCUCACAACCAUGGCUUCUCCAUCUUACGCCUCAGAGCUUCAGAUCGCCCAAUUGGCCGUUCAGCGUGCUACGAUUCUCACCAAGCGCGUCUUCCACGAAAAGGCAAAGGGAACUGUUGAUAAGAAUGACAAGAGCCCUGUCACCAUUGGCGACUUUGGCGCCCAGGCCCUCAUCAUCGCCGCUCUCCGCCACAACUUCCCUGACGACGCUAUCGUCGCCGAGGAGGAAGCUGCGCAGCUCCGUGACGAUGCAAACCUGAAGCAGACUAUCUGGGAGCUCGUCAGCUCUACAAAGCUCGACGAUGAAGAUGCUGAGAAGCAACUUGGUGGCCCUAUCAAGGAUGUUGACGAUAUGUUGGAAUUGAUCGAUAGAGGUGGCAGCCAGGGUGGUUCCAGCGGUCGUAUAUGGGCAAUCGAUCCCAUUGACGGUACAAAGGGCUUCCUCCGUGGUGGCCAAUACGCUGUCUGCCUUGGUCUCAUGGUUGACGGUGACGUCAAGGUCGGUGUCCUUGGCUGCCCUAACCUCCCAGUUGACGACUCAGCCCGUCUUACCUCCGACAUUGGCUCCAAUGCCACCGAUGAGGGUCGUGGUGUUGUUUUCUCUGCUGUGCAGGGCCAUGGCGCGAACAGCCGACCUCUUACUUCUGGCGCUCUUGCUGCCGAAAAGCCUAUUUCCAUGCGAAGCAUUGAUGAUCUCUCCAAGGCUACCUUCUGCGAGAGUGUUGAGGCUGGCCACUCAGCGCACGACGACCAGGCCCUUAUCUCGAAGAAGCUCGGUAUUACCCAGGAGAGUGUCCGCAUGGACAGUCAGGCUAAGUAUGGCUCUAUUGCCCGCGGUGCUGGCGACAUCUACCUCCGUCUGCCUGUCAAAGCCACAUAUCAGGAGAAGAUCUGGGAUCACGCUGCCGGCGACCUCAUUGUUCGUGAGGCUGGCGGCCAAGUAACUGACAUUCACGGAAAGCGUCUCGACUUCAGCGUAGGACGCACUCUGGCCAACAACAAGGGCGUUAUUGCCGCUCCUGCUGCUGUUCACGGCAAGGUUCUCGAAGCUGUCCAGGAGGUUCUGAGCGCCAAGCAGUCAUAAGGGAAAAUGAGUAGGAAGACAAACGGGCAUGACUUGAAUGAAAGCGAGAAUUGCAAAAAAAUGUAGUUUUGUAUAUGCCUCGUCAAAUAGUACACGAAAAUCUGUACAUGAUACUAGAAUACACACGCCAGCUGCGUCUAAUAGGCCAAGCCGCCAAGUUGGCCAGUAUAAAUUGCGACAUAUCAACUCUCUAUUUGAUCUUCUUCUGCUUCAGUUUGAUCGUCUGGUCGUUAAUAAACACGCCUUUGCCCUUGUAAGGCUCCGGAGGACGCCACAUGCGAACUCGUCCAGCAAACGACAUGAUAGUCUCCCGGUCAAUUCCCUCAAUCAGGAUACGUGUAGGCGCAGGAGUCGUUACGGUCACGCCGCGAGGGAUUCCCUCCUCGACAGGAUGAGUAAACCCGAGCUUGAGGCACAGGAAGCGCUGCCCAGGGAAUUCCUCUUUAGCACCUCGCUCUUCGACACUCGCUCUGUAACCGACACCGACAAGACGGAGAAUGGCCGUGUGCCCUUCCGAGACACCCAUGAUAUAGUUCCUUAGGUAAGACCAUGUUGUUCCUAUCCAAUUGUCAGUCCCAAUGCCAUCAAGCGUGACAAUAACUUGUGAACAUACCCCACAUGGCUUUUUGGUCCUUGGCGUCAGUGUCCUGGACAUUCAACGAUACCACCUUGGCCUCGGGAUCUUGCGUCACCUGCACAUAAUCCGGAACUUCGAGCUCAAGCUCUCCUAACAUCCAGUCAGCAAUUUUUCCCCCUCGUUGCUAGGUGCCGUUCUCUCAUACCUAAAGGUCCCUUUACAGUGAUGGUUUUCUUGUACACCUUCUUGUAUGAUGUCAAGUCCUUGUUCGCCACCGGCUUGCCAACAGAUAGCUCUACACCAGGAGGGAUCGAUAGAGGGGUUCUUCCCAGCUUGGAUGGUCGCUUCGAGGUCGUGGAGAAGAGGGCAGUGGAGGCUCGGGAAGAUGCGAUCUUGGGUGCUGUCGCGUGCCAUGCUGGCACCAGGAAGCUAGGCAGGUUGACAGGGCCAGACGGCGAGACCGCAAUAGCUCGUCCAAUUGCCCUCCCCCGGCUGGGAGUAAACAUGGCGGCCAUUGGUAUCAAGAUGGCUGCCGUGGGCGUGCAGCAGUAUUGACUCGUCGAAUGAGGUUGACAAGCUGAUGGAGCUCAACUUUUCGCGCUUAGUCAUGACAUCACGUGCUCAGCAUGAUGACUACCUACUGCACACCAAGGGCCUGUCGGUCAAUGUGGUCCGAUUGCCGAUGCUUAACUUCAUGUCACAGAAACAUUUCGAGUCCUCGGCGAAACUGGCUUGUGACCAGUUCGAGUAAGUCAGUGCUAGUUUCACCAUCUUUGAGAAUUGAAUUGGUACAAUAGUACUCUUGGAAUUUUAUUCGGCUCAUACAACUAUGGUGUACUGCCACUAUUGAGGAUAUCUUUACCCCAGAAUUACAACAACUACACUCGAAAAGAAGUUGCGGGCCGGCUAUACGACAAACAUAACAUAGCGGCCAGUUAUUUCAGCACACUGCGGAGUAGAUUUACUCCUCGCCCUCAGGGAGCUCCUCCUCGUACUCCUCUUCCUCCUCAUCAAUACCAGCAUCCUGGUACUGCUGGUAUUCAGAGACAAGAUCAUUCAUGUUGGACUCAGCCUCAGUGAACUCCAUCUCGUCCAUACCCUCACCAGUAUACCAAUGCAAGAAAGCCUUGCGUCGGAACAUGGCAGUGAACUGCUCACCAACACGCUUGAAGAGCUCCUGAAUAGAAGUGGAGUUUCCGAUGAAGGUCGAAGACAUCGUAAGUCCUCGGGGAGGGAUGGCACAAAGGGCUGUCUGGAUGUUGUUGGGAAUCCAUUCAACGAAGUAAGAAGAGUUCUUGUUCUGGACGUUGCGCAUCUGAUCCUCGACCUCCUUCAUAGCGACACGGCCACGGCUGUUCAAAGUCAGUAAAUAAUUUCCAUGCGCAAAUCGGGUUCACUCACAAAAUGGCCGAGCAGGUCAGGUAGCGACCAUUGCGGAAGUCCGAAGCAGCCAUCAUGUUCUUGGGGUCGAACAUCUGUUGGGUCAACUCAGGAACGCUGACAGCGCGGAAAGAGUGAGCACCACGGCUGGUCAGAGGAGCAAAUCCAACCAUGAAGAAGUGUAGACGAGGGAAAGGCACCAUGUUGACGGCGAGCUUUCGGAGAUCGGAGUUCAGCUGACCGGGGAAACGGAGACAGGUGGUGACACCGGACAUAACAGCAGAAACGAGGUAGUUGAGGUCACCGUAGGAGGGGUUGGACAGCUUCAGGGUGCGCAUGCAGAUAUCGUAGAGGGCCUCGUUAUCGAUACAGAAGGUCUCAUCGGAGUUCUCGACCAGCUGGUGGACGGAGAGGGUGGCAUUGUAGGGCUCAACGACGGUGUCAGAGACCUUGGGGGAGGGAACGACGGAGAAGGUGGCCAUCAUUCGGUCAGGGAAUUCCUCGCGGAUCUUGGAAAUGAGCAGAGUACCCAUACCGGCACCGGUACCACCACCGAGAGAGUGGGUGAUCUGGAAACCCUGGAGGCAAUCGCAGCCCUCAGCCUCACGGCGGACGACGUCGAGAACCUGGUCGACAAGUUCGGCACCCUCAGUGUAGUGACCCUUGGCCCAGUUGUUUCCAGCACCGGACUGACCGAAAACGAAGUUGUCGGGACGGAAGAGCUGACCGAAGGGACCAGCACGGACGGCGUCCAUGGUACCAGGCUCGAGGUCGACGAGGACGGCUCGGGGAACAUACUUGUUGCCAGAGGCCUAGAUGUGUGAGCGUGUGAACUCUUGACAUUGACUGCUAAUGCAUACCUCGUUGAAGUAAACACUCAUGCGCUCGAGCUGAAGCUCGGAGGUACCAUUGUAGACACCAUUGCUGUCGAGGCCGUGCUCGCCAGAGAUGGUUUGCCAGAAAGCAGCACCAAUUUGGUUACCCUGAUAAACACUGUAAGUAUCCCCCCUCAUGCGACGCUGAGGAAGCGAUGAGCACUUACGCACUGACCGGUCUGGAGGUGAACCUAUCGUAGAGAAAAGAUCUGAUUAGCUUCUUCGUCUUGACAGAAGGUAUGUGAAAGCUGCUAGCUAUCUAUCAUGCAUUGUCGUUGAGCUGCCACCGCCCAGCGGGGUAGAAUCAGGGGCACGACAAACGCAACGCGUGCAACAGCACAGCACGAACUUAAAAAAGAGAGGUACUUACAAUCUCACGCAUGUUGAUGGAUGUGGAUGAAUGUAAUCUGGAGGAGUAGAGAGAAGGAGGAGAGAAAUGGGCCGAAGUCGUCGAGCUGAAGUAGACCUAGCUUUGACGGAGGGAAGAGUGGGUUGGGUUGGGUUGGGUUGGAAAGAGACCAAAGGGCGAUGUUGAUUUUUGUUUGGAGCUGGAGGGCACCUCAGUCAAGAGGGUGAAAUUGUUCACCGCCACGGCUUCAGGGCCCAGCAGGGGGUAAACAAGGGGCAGGGCGGUUCCUUCCAGGCUAUUGGACCAGUAAGCACUCUCAGUUGUUUACCUCUUGGUCCGUGCACGCGUCCAGAAGGGCAAGGCGCCGCCUGAAGGGUCCCGCAGUGGCAGGCACGCCAAUGAAUCCGUACCUGUCACUGCCGAUGGAGAGGAGGAAAUAAGGUAGCAGCCCGCCAGUUUAUCUCCAGAUGCAUAUAAACAACCCAAGGUAGGUAUGUAUGUAUGUGGUAAAUUCUUAUACUACAGCAGAGAUAAAGAAGAAUCUACCUAUAGAAAUCUAGCUUAUAUAGGUGCUUAGGAAGCUCAGUUGCCCUGAAUCGAACGCUUGUUAAAGCUACAACUACGCGCCGUUGAGGUCAGCCACGUUGGCAACCCAGGGUGUGAAGUAGGUAUCGCCAGAUCGCCAAUGGAACUGAUGGAGUGCCAGCAAAACUUGCCCCACUGGUAAAUUGGCGAUUUGACCAUCCGAGAUGAACAUACGGCUUCGGACGAUCAGAAUUAAAAAUGAGGCGAUGACAUAUAGAAAAUACCUACCCACCAGAAGGCUCCAAAUGCACUGAACGCUUUCAAUUUGCAUCAUUUAUUA